AUGUACUCCUACUGGUGCAGCCCGCUGUCUGGGGAGGGCGUCUGGCCACUGCCGCAGCCGAGCACCUACACCUACCUGCCCGCCCCGCCGCUGCUGCCCCCCAUCCAGGCGCACAACUUCUGCAGCCGGCCCCGGAGCCUGGGCGCGGGCGAGUGGGCGGCCCCGCGGGAAUACCACUUCUUCUACGGCACCACCGCGCCGCCCUGGUGGGUGGUCCCUGCCGCCUACGCCACAGCCCUGCCCCCGCCGCUGCCACCCGCCGCCGGCGUCCUGGGGCCGUCGCUGCAGGCGCCCGCCGCGGCCGGGCCAGCGGCGGCGGCUGAGCCCUGGGAGCCGUGGCCCGAUGGGGGCAGCCUCCAGGCCGAGCUGCGCUGGGGCCGCGUGGAGCGCGUGCGGGGCCCGCGCCUCCAGCUGCCCCACUUCGUGCGCCGGGAGCUGCGGCGCGUGUACGGCACGUACCCACGCACCGACGUGCGCGUCACCUACCGCCGCGGCGAGUUCCUGCUGCAGGCGGCGCCGCGCGUCCCGGAGCCCGAGUACCACGUGGAGAGGCGCGUGGUGCGCCGGCCGGCCAGCGGUGACAGCGGCGACAGCGGCCUGGCCGGGGAAGCCCAGCGGCUCGGCCGCUCCAAGAGGAAGAAAGGCCUGAGCUGA